GAAGAAGAAGGAAGAGCCAUUGGGUCAAACCCGCAUCCACUCGGGUCAAUCACCACACUUCCCUUCUUUGUUCAUACUAAAUCAACCAAUUCCAGUUCCCAUUUCUUCCACUCAAAAUCCCUUUUUAAUAAGACUGUUGGAAGAAAAAAUCAACUCAUCAUUUCAAUUUCUCACCCCAUUACUUCAAAAUCGUUAAAAUCUCACCAUCAACCCAUCAAUUCCUAGAAACCCACUUGUCAUCCCCUCCCAAUUUCCUUCCUCCAUCAAAAUUCCUUCAUUCUAUCUCCCAAGGCGGAAAAAAAACAACCCAAUUACUUAUGAACAACACCAUCCCGCCGGGGAACAUGGCCGCCGCAUCCCCACCAUGGCUGAACACCGGCGACAACUCUUGGCAAAUCACAGCCUCCACUCUCGUCGGACUUCAGAGCAUGCCUGGGCUUGUGAUUCUUUACGGCAGCAUCGUCAAAAAGAAAUGGGCUGUCAAUUCUGCUUUUAUGGCCCUUUACGCCUUCGCCGCCGUUCUAAUUUGUUGGGUCAUCGUCGGUUACAGAAUGGCCUUUGGCGAUCAGUUGAUUCCUCUGUGGGGUAAAGGAAUUCCAGCUCUGUCGCAAGAUUACCUAAUAAAUCAAGCCAAUAUCCCUGAGAGUGGCCUCAACGAUGGACAGGGAACGCCAAGAAUUCAACCCAAUGUUCCGAUGGCUUCGCUUGUGUAUUUUCAAUUUACUUUUGCUGCGAUUACUGUGAUUUUACUUGGUGGGUCCGUUCUUGCAAGAAUGAACAUAAAAGCUUGGAUGGCGUUUGUUCCUCUGUGGGUAAUUUUCUCAUACACCGUCGGAGCAUACAGUGUUUGGGGCGGAGGGUUUCUGUUUAAAUGGGGAGUAAUUGAUUAUUCAGGUGGCUAUGUGAUUCAUCUUUCGUCUGGAAUUGCUGGAUUAACAGCGGCGUAUUGGGUUGGACCGAGGAUAAAGAGUGACAGAGAGAGGUUUCCGCCGAAUAACGUGCUGCUGAUGUUGGCCGGAGCGGGGUUGUUGUGGAUGGGGUGGUCGGGAUUUAACGGCGGAGCGCCGCACUCGGCGAACGUGGUGGCGUCGAUAGCGGUGCUGAAUACGAACGUGAGUGCGGCGACGAGUCUGUUGGUUUGGACCAUUUUGGAUGUGUUUUACUUUGGGAAGCCAUCGGUGAUUGGAGCCAUUCAGGGUAUGAUGACUGGCUUGGCUUGCGUUACUCCUGGCGCUGGGGUUGUGCAGACGUGGGCGGCUAUCAUAAUGGGAAUUCUAGCAGGGAGUAUUCCAUGGCUAUCUAUGAUGGUUCUUCAUAAAAAAUUGAGUUUCUUGCAGAAGGCUGACGACACGCUCGGCGUAUUUCACACGCACGCGGUGGCAGGAUUGAUGGGCGGCCUUCUCACUGGGCUUUUAGCGGAGCCCACACUAUGCGAUCUAUACAUACCGAUCAUCGGUACACGCGGCGCUUUUUACGGUAAAAACGGCGGCGUACAGUUCCUAAAACAACUGACCGGAUCCACCUUCAUCAUAGGAUGGAACAUCGUGUCAACCACUGUAAUACUCCUCUUUAUUCGCCUCUUUAUGCCCUUAAGAAUGCCCGACGAAGAACUCAUGAUCGGCGACGACGCCGUCCACGGCGAGGAGGCUUAUGCUCUUUGGGGUGACGGCGAGAAAUUCGAUCCAAGAAGGCACGGCACUGCAGCGGCCAAUAUGGAAGAAGGAACUGGCUCGCCUUAUAUCAAUGGCGCUAGAGGAGUAAUCAUCGAGUUGUAAACAUUUUAAAAUUUUCUUUUGGAUUCAUUCCAGUGUGUCUUCAUGUAUUAUAUAAUAGCUUCGAAUCUCUCUGAGUGUUCAGAAUUUUAGGGUGAGUAUUUGUGUGUGUUUUUGACCGUCAUGGAAAAAAGUGUCAUCUUGCUCUUAUUAAGGAAGGAAAUUGUUGAUUUAAUGUACAAAA